CUUGGCAUUGUCUACAUAGACUGUCAGUUUUACCUCAGCUGGUCGUCUGAGCGGUCUGAUCCACCGCAUCUCUUCGGUUGGCUUUUUUUUUACUGAAUAGCCCUGAUAACACACUUGUCAGUCGUGCUCACGGACAUAUUUCUAUACGGCUAGAAUUUAUCUUUAACGGCGAGUCUCGUCUUAACCCUUUCAUGCAUACAGCAACAUAAACCGGCGACGUGAGAGAGAGACGUGAAAGCAGUGCCAGGAAUCGGAAGAGAAUCCAUUUGUCUCCGACGGAUGGACUUGAAUAAGAGGUAGACACAGAGACGGACUCUGACAGCGUAAACCGUGGACAUAUUCGUACAGCUCCCCGGCGAAACGGUGGGGAAUCGAAGGCAAGACCAAACAGUCUUGAAAAUAAACAUAUCACCCUGCUUAUUGAGCAGCAACAAUGCCGGGGUUUGAUUACAAGUUUCUGGAGAAACCCAAGAGACGGUUUCAAUGUCCACUGUGCAGCAAGGCGAUGCGAGAACCCGUCCAGGUUUCAACGUGUGGACACCGAUUUUGUGACACCUGUCUACAAGAAUUCUUAAGUGAGGGCGUCUUCAAGUGCCCAGAGGACCAACUACCCCUUGAUUAUGCCAAGAUCUAUCCUGACCCCGAGCUGGAACAGCAGAUCCUGGCUCUAGCCAUCCGGUGCAUCCACAGUGAGGAGGGCUGCCGCUGGAGUGGACCCAUGAAACAGCUGCAGGGUCACUUCUCCACUUGCGCCUUUAACGUGAUCCCCUGCCCCAACCGCUGCGCCAUCAAGCUGACGCGCCGCGACCUGCCCGAGCACCUGCAGCACGACUGCCCCAAGCGCAAGGUCAAGUGCGAGUUCUGCGGCAGCGAGUUCACUGGCGAGGCCUACGAGAACCACCAGGGCAUCUGCCCCAGGGCGUGUGCCAAUGAGAACAAGUCAGCCAUGGCCGGCUGCCUUCAGCACAGCAUGGCCGAGUGCCCCAAGCGCACGCAGCCCUGCAAGUACUGCGGCAAGGAGUUCGUCUUCGACACCAUCCAGAACCACCAGUAUCACUGCCCCCGUUUCCCCGUGCAAUGCCCCAACCAGUGUGGCACGCCCAACAUUGCCCGUGAGGACCUGGCCAACCAUGUGAAGGAGAGCUGUGGCAGUGCCCUCGUCCUAUGCCCCUUUAAGGAUGCCGGCUGCAAGCACAGGUGUCCCAAGAUGGCGGUCGGGCGUCACCUGGAGGAGACCACCAAGUCGCACCUGACCAUGAUGUGCAGCCUGGUGGUGCGCCAGCGGCAGGAGCUGAUCGAGCUUCGGCGCGAGGUGGAGGAGCUCUCCGUCAGCCAUGACGGCGUGCUCAUCUGGAAGCUGUGCGACUACUCGCGCAAGCUCCAGGAGGCCAAGCUGCGCAACAACCACGAGUUCUUCAGCCCGGCCUUCUACACGCACCGCUAUGGCUACAAGCUCCAGGUGUCGGCCUUCCUCAACGGCAACGGCAGCGGCGAGGGCACGCACCUGUCCAUCUACAUCCGCGUGCUGCCCGGCGAGUACGACAACCUGCUGGAGUGGCCCUUCUCCUACAAGGUGACCUUCUCCAUCCUGGACCAGAGUGACCCGUCGCUCUCCAAACCACAGCACAUCACAGAGACCUUCAACCCUGACCCCAACUGGAAGAACUUCCAGAAGCCAAGCGCCGCCGCAGGGGGCGGAGGAGGCGGCAGCCGCGACUCCAUGGACGAGAGCAUGCUGGGCUUCGGCUACCCCAAGUUCAUCUCGCACGAAGAGAUCAAGAAGCGCAACUACAUCCGCGACAACGCCAUCUUCCUCAAAGCCUCCAUAGAGAUCCCACAGAAGAUCAUGACCUGAGCUGUUACGUGUUAAAAGAAGAACCAAGACGAUUUUCUGUCAUGUGAAGUCACAAAAGAGUCAUAUGGAUAAGACUGUUUGUUUUAUUUUCUUUGUGAUUUUUUAUUUUUCCGUUGGUGAAGACUGGAGUAGAUGUGCUUAAAUGCAUAUUCUGUUUUAUAGAUUACCUUCCCCACUCAGAAGCACUCCUAAAGGACUCGGAGGUUGUCUGUGUUGGUUACGUCUGUCCAGAUGGAGAAGCUGGUGAUUUUUUUUUUCUAAAAAUGUAGGAGAUUUGAAGUGGUUGGUCUGCAGAACCAUCACUCUGAAACGUUUUUGUUUUAAAAUCGUUAUCCUUCCUUGGAUUGCUUUUUGACACUUUGUUUUUCAAUCUGCAUCAAAGCCUUGGGGGAAAAAAAUCAAUAGUGCCUAGAGAGAGUUGUUUUGGAAAUUCUGUGUUUUUAUUGUCUCUGUGAUGCAGAUAUAAAUAUAGAACAAACAACAAACAAACAAAAGGCGAAGUGUGGCAAGGAAAGCAGUACGGUCUUUGCACUUAAGCGGAAUGUUUGUUUAACGCUUCUUGUCUGAGGUCGGACUGAGACACUCCUGAAGCUUGUGAAGAAAAAGGCUCGAAGAUGUUAGGAAUUCAACAGGGACACUCGAAACACACUUGCCUUUUUUAUUUACACACUCCUCUCUCACCCUUGUGCUCAGUGCCGCAGUUCACGACCUUGUGUUUUCUUUUCCCCCUGUUCGAACGUUUUAAGUGAACUAACAGCAACUGUGAGGUAAACAACGUUUCUUUGUCUAUCCAUGUCCCAUCACUCUAGUAAGAUGAUACUGGAUGGAAAGUUCUAGAAAGCCAAACUAACUCCACCCUGUUGUCUUUGUCUAACGACAGAUUGAACUCCUCGUAGACUUUAGAACCAUUUAACUACUGUUCUUUUCGAGCCACCAUUGCAUUUUGAAAUCUGUAGCACUUGAUCAAGAUCCAGGCACACAGCUGCUUAUAGUUUUGAUUAGACACGCCACCAGUUGACUCCAUGUUUGAGGCAGUAGGAGUUACAGUUGAAAGCUGUUCAUGUGGGCCUUAGUUGAAAAGAAGAAAAGAAGCCUCCACUGGCUGAUGGGGAGGUUCCUGGACCACGAUAGCUAAAGGUGCUAAAUAUAGUCAGUGUGGGGGAGUCGGAACUCACACACACACACACACACAUACACAAACACACACAAUCGUACUCAUUGUCCUGUGUAAAGCAGGACCUACACACGUGAACGAGUGCAGAGAUAAAACGCAGCCAUGGAGAGUUUGUUUACAUAUCGGGAGAAAGUUCCAUAGUGUCACUCUUGGCCUGUGUUUGGAACUCUUGAAACCCCCUUCCAACAGUUGGAAGCAGUGGUAGUGUUGAUGAGGGCUUCUUUUCUUUCUUUCUUCCUAUCUUUCUUUCUUUCUUGGAGUGGACAAACUGUCAACCAAUGGAACCAAAUUGUUUUUUUUUCACAUGUAAAACUGUGAGCAGUGAAUUUGAGCUUUAUUUCAAGUUCAAUGUGUUUGUCGAUUCUGUUUUGUUUUGUUUGUGUGUUCACUUUCAUCUGGCUGGUGUUUGCUGGCACUUUGAAAAGGUGCCCCUCCACUCCAAGGGGUUGGUGGGACUUGAAACAGUGAGGUGCUGGUAACCAUGGUCACCACUAAAGCAGAGGACUCUUAGGAAAAGGAGUGGGGGGCUGAGGCCUAAUGAAAGAUGACUGUCUGUGUCACCCAAUCAGAUUGCAGAUGGACUGGUGGCAGAGUUUUGUUUAUAAAUGUUAUAAAUAAAUAUAUAAUAUAUGUGAAUACUAACAGUUUGGGGGGCAAGGGGAGGGGUGCUGUUUUGGAGGACGAGAGAUAAGGCAGAAGCACAUGAGGUGUUUUUCUUUUUUUACUUGACAAGGAAGUCUGGGGAUUUGAUCAUGCAAUGAUACCAGCCAAUAUUUUACAACAAUUUUAUGACAAACUGAGAUUUCAUUGUAUGUUUUUUUUUUUUCUUUUGUCUUUCUUUUUGUAAGAUACUGUAUUUUGCAAAAGUUUUAUACAACAUGUCGUCGAAGUGUGGAGUUCUGAAGACGGUGGACAGGAGGUUGUGGUGCUUAGGAACUUCAACAGCCUCCCGUACGAGUUGUCAUCUCUCAUUGAUGUUUGGGCUUGAUUUUCUUGCCCUCUUUACUUUAUUUGGUCUGCUUUCUUGGAUUUCAAAUACUCAGAUGUUUCUGUCUGCAUUAUUUCCUCUUAAAAAGUAUUUAUUUUAAGGAGCCAUCGCCUAAGCUUGAUUUGAAGCGAUUGGCCCUCAGAAGAAAAGAGCAGAAAAAAGAAAAAAAGUGUUUUUAAAAAAUGUCAACUCAUGGUUGCUUGUAAAAUUACCCUUAAAAUAAUAAAAUACAGUCAAUAUAA